AUGGAGAAUUUUCAAGAAUAUUUAGCCGAAAUUACAUCACGUCUUUCGCUAGGGGCGAAGGUCGUAGGCAGGGAAGGUACAGUGGAAAGAUUUGACCAAUCUACUGCACCAGACCCAGUCAUGACCGUGUUUCCGCAUAGUGAAGAAGACGUGAUUGAAGUUGUUCGAUACUGCAGAGAGAAAGGUUUGAAAUGUUUUGCUCAAUCUGGUGGUCAUAGCUGGAGAGUUAAGAACCAUAGAACCAUCGAUGUGGUUAUCUGUAUGAGAGGCUUGAAUAAAGUCUUCGUUGAUGAGCCAGUACAGACUGUGACCUUUGGUGGUGGCAUAAUUGUCGGAGAACUCAUUAAUGCUGUUGCGGAGAAGGAGUUUGAUGUUACCACAGGACUUGCCAAUACUGUUGGCGUUGUUGGCGCAUUCCUCUGCGGCGGCUUAGGCCGGUAUGUUGGAAGAUACGGUUACGGUGUCGACAACCUUGUGGCCGUAAAUCUUGUUGAUUCCGAUGGUACUAUCCACAGAAACGUGAAUGGAACCACCAACCCAGAAUUGUGGUGGGCUAUUCGUGGCGCUGGGGCGGCCUUUGGAAUUAUUACAAAAGCCACAAUGAAGAUUUACCCGCAGACUAAUGGUGGGUUAUCGUGGACUUGUACUUUGAUUUUUAGCAAUCCGUCGAGGGAAACUAUCGAGAAGGUCUUUAAGGCUAUUAACUCGACCCAUUAUGGGGAUAGUAUGUUUGUACUAUUCUCGUUCGCUUUCGUCCCACCAAUGGGCUAUCCAUCGCUAGUGAUCGCUCUUUGGUUUUACGGUCCGGAGAGCCAGGCUGAGAAAGCUUGGGAACGUGUGCUUGACCCGUCCCUCAGGCCUGAUUUCAAGCAAACUGCAAUUCUUCCAGCAGAAAGGUUGAAUGACAGCAAUGAUGCCACAUGCUUGGCAGGUUAUAGAAGACCUGGUAUCGCAAUGGGAAUUGAGCGGCUGGAGAUAACUGCAUUUUUUGAGAUUUGGGACCUAUGGCUUGAAUUUGGGCAGAGCAAAGAUGCUGAAAACUCUGUUGUUGUAAUGGAAAGGUUUUCGAAGGAAAAGGCGCUCGAGACUUCUGACGAAGAGACAGCAUUUUCGCGAUUCCAUCGUGGUAUUGUGUAUGAAGUGAGUAUUGCUCCUGCUUAUAAGGAUGCGAAAUUAGACCAAAAGGCCAAUGAGUUUACGAGUAAGGUACGCGAUGUCUUGAUCCAAAAAUGCAGCGACCCAGGAAAGAUUCGCGCUUAUCCAACAGGCUCCGGACUAAAUGAGCCCCUCGAAAAUAUUUUUGGCGGCAAGGAGCGGGUUGAGAAGCUGCUUAGUAUUAAGAAAAAGUGGGAUCCGGAGAACUAUUGGGGUGCUUUUUUUGAUACCGAAUGA